CGUCGGCCAGGUAGCUAUUAUGUGUUAUUAAUGGAAAGCGCAUUGUCAUUGCCAUCAGAUGAGCUGAAGCUAGAGGCCUAGCUGGCUACAUAGCUAACGUUAGCUCAGCUCGACAUUUUGCUAAGCUUUGUUUGGACGGAAAGGACGUUUGCCACCUUCUUAAAGACGUACAUUAGCCAAGUGAAAUUGCACACGACGUUACAGUAAUGUCAGAUUGUGCACGUUGUAUCACGUGAAGAUAUAUAACGGUGAAAUAAAGGCGUUGUUAAAGGUGGCGCUGCGUGAGUUGUGUUUUUGGUUAGCUUAACGUUAGUUGGGGUGGCACUGUUCUUCAGUGAACUUGUAACGUUAAUGCCCGCACGGUGGAUUUAAAUACGUGGAUGACCAAUUUGAGGAUCCUCGAUUUGCUAACAGGCCAUUGCUCGGAUUAACCAAAUCGCCAGCCUUCGGAAGGAACAGCUGUGGUCGAGAUUGCCAAACAAAUCAAUACAAUCCAUAUUUGCUGCCAUGAAUGGAAUAUUUUGUUAGACGAAUAAGAGCAACGCAGCGAUGGAGUGGACGAACCGUGUCAAGACAUCCUCAUUUCAGCACUCCCCUGCAAGUGCGCAGGUGCUGUUGUUUGUGCUUCAGCAUGGCGGUCGUCAUCCGUUUACAGGGACUGAGACUCACAGCAGGCUCUGAGGAUAUUCGCAAGUUCUUCACUGGCCUCAAAAUUCCAGAUGGAGGGGUGCAUAUAAUUGGUGGAGAGCGAAGUGAAGCUUUCAUUAUCUUUGCUUCAGAUGAAGACGCACGAAGAGCCAUGACACGGUCAGGGGGUUGCAUUAAGGGUGCAUCUGUUACAUUGCUACUAAGUAGCAAAACAGAAAUGCAGAGCGUCCUUGAAAGAAGUACACAACAUGUUGAGCUAGAUCAAAAGAGGCAUCUUGAGGAGAACACAAGACGCACUAGAAGAUCUGUGGACCCUGAGGUGGGCCGGAGAUCAGGUAGCAGAUCGGGUCAUACCCCUCCCCCCCAGCACCAGAGGGCUUCAAACACUGAUGACUUCUUGUAUGUGUUUCUGAAAGGAUUGCCUUUCUCUGUGACAGAGGUGGAAAUCCAUGACUUUUUCUGUGGUUUACAUGUUGAUGAAAUAGUCUUGUUGAAGAAUGGAUAUGGUGCGAAGAAUGGGAAUGGUCUUGUCAAAUUUGCAACAAGAGAGGAUGCAUUUGAAGGCCUGAAGAGGGAUAGGAGGUACAUUGGGUCAAGGUAUGUGGAGGUUUCCACAACAACAGCAGAUGAAUGGCGUCGGGCUACUGGUAAAAUGUCAAUUGCUGUCAAAUCGUACGACAACUUUGAAAGGGAGAGAUCACCUGUUCGCAACCAGAGGAAUCCACAACAUCCCACAAGGUCACAAUCUCCUAUGGCUCAGAGGCCCUUUGCUCCUUCUGAGGAUGAGUACUGCGUUUUGUUGGACAAUCUGUCCUAUGCAGCUGAAAAAGAAGACAUAAAAAUGCUUUUUCGUAAUGCAAAACUUGAAGAUGACCAGAUCCUGCACUUAAUUGGCCUUGAUGGGAGAAGAACUAGAUCCACAUUUGUGCUGUUCAAGAGUCUGCGUGACUAUUGUGAUGCCUUAAGUCACGAAAAAAGACUGUUUCUCAACCGAUGGGUUUAUACACGCCCAAUCUCAAGAGAGAAAAUGAUCGCCCUUCUGGAAUCUCAGAGCAUGGAUGUCAGCCCUUCUGGAAACACUGAAAAGUUUCAGGAGACACCUCCAUCUCACCCCGGUGAUGCUUAUGACUCUGAGAAAGUGUGUCUAUUUGUGCGGAACUUGCCAUUUGAUGUACGGAAAGUUGAGAUCAUGGAUUUCUUCUUUGGGUUUAAUAUCACAGAGGACAAAGUGUUUGUGCUACGUGACCAUAAAGGAGCUGGGGUUGGAAAGGCUUUGGUUCUCUUCCGGUCUGAGGCAGAGGCUAUGAGUGUACUGUCUCUCAACGGACGAAGGUUUCUGGGGUCAGAAGUCUUACUGAAAUGCAUUUCACGUUCUCAGAUGCGGCAGUUGGGUGUUGAGCCUCCAAUGGUGCAAGAGCCACUGCCGAGGGAGGAGCAAUACUUGAGCAGGAGAAGCGAGGCAUCCUAUCACACUGGUGACACUGAGUACCCUGGGUUUGGGAUUCCUCGUGACGGUAAUAUACCAAUGACUAAUGUAAAGGCUCGUAUCCGUGGUGAUUAUGAGCCUUUUGCCGUAGCCCCUUAUGCUCCACCAGACAGAGGUAAUGGCGUUCGUGGCGGCUUUGGUGCCUCGGUGCAGAAUCUUGAUGGUCCCACCUGUGUAAGGCUAGUUAAUUUACCAUUCCAAAUCAGAAGCGAAGAAAUCUAUGACUUUUGCUAUGGAUAUCGAAUCAUCCCUGGAUCGGUCUCACUGCAAUAUGACCAGAGGGGAAAACCUCAAGGCUCUGCGACUGCAGUAUUUGAGUCCCGUCCGGAGGCGUUAACAGCAAUUGAGGAACUGAGUGGAAGACCAAUCGGCCCAAGAAAAAUACAGCUUCUACUUGUGUGAAAGUGGCAUUGCUCUUCAUGGCACCCAGCAUGCCCUAGCAGUAAGGUUUGGACAUAUACACAAUGUUAAUUGAAGCAAAUUUGAUUUAUGGGAAGUACUGCAUUUUCUUUUUCUUUUGAAUUCAUGUGCCAUGGCUAAAUAUGUAAAUGUAAAUUUAGCUAUAUAUUUUUAAACUGCAUUUGUUUUUAUCAUAAGGUAAUAUAGUCUGACUAUAUGUGGGUUUUCUCUCAGUGAAAUAUUAGAUUUUUGGUUUUUUCACAUCUUUCUCAUUUUUGUUUAAUUGUACUUACAACACUGUGUGGAAAAAAUUUACAAUUCAUUGUACUAUGUGGUGAUUGUGAGUGUUUUUAUAAAGACACAUACCUGUA